GUAGCUAUAAUUGGUGGGCAGUAAAUCCCUGCCCAUUUUCGAGUAGAAAUAGGGUCAAGCUCAUCACCCAGCUAUCUCCUUUUAAGGCAGCAUUUUCAGAAGCACCAAACCCUCAGUGUUUAACCUAACAUUUCAAAAGUCAUUAUUUAGGAAGCGUGGAAGGAAAAAGUGCUGGGACCUUGGACAAAGACAUUUCAGAUGCUGUCUUUGGGGUGUAUGAAACUGAGGUUAUAGCAAAUGCGUUCAGCUUGCAAAUACAAUUAAACAGUCUGAAAAUUGAAUGCAAGUUUGAGCCUGAGGCUGUUAAACAUGAAGCUGAUUGUUUCACGGUCUCCUGCACAGGAAAGAGUAUUGGCUUUGCACUCUAUUUAUCCUCUUCCUGGGGAAAAGAUGAAAGCAUUUUAUAUUCAUACAGACAAAUAUUUGUCUAUCUUUCAGAUUCUGCCAAUCUCCCAAGGUCGGAGCUUGAACCCUGCGAGAUAAAGUCAAAACCACCCCCCUCUUUUCCCAGCCAUGCAAACUGCGGGAUGAAGCUGGAAGCUGUGGUCGAGCAGCUGCAGAAGCAGCAGCAGAAGCAGCAAACGCCUCUGCAGAUGGAUUCCAGGGAGAGACAGCAGAGGCAGAUGAGGGAAGCCCAGCUGCUCUACACUCAGCAGCUGGCCGUGCAGCAGGCUGUCCUAGCAGCCACAUCUGGCAGGGCUUCAGGUGGCUCCACUGUUGGGCCCUUGGCCAGAGGCCCGCCUGCAGCCGGCGCUACGCGGGCUUUUGAUCAGAGCAGCAUGAAUUCCGAGCCAGAAGAGGAGGAGGAGGAGGAUGAAGAGGAGGAAGAGGAAGAGGAGGAGGAAGAGGAAGAAGAAGGGGGUUUAGAAGGCGGCGAUCUUGAGGAUGGCGCUGAUGUGACUGGAAAAGAAACCUGCUCGGCUCUGAAAUAUUUCCAUGCUCCCAAAGUUGCCCAUCACAACCAAAGAGUGGCCUCUACCUCGAAUCCUCUUCCAGCAUCGGGGCUCCAGCGGGGACAGCAGGACAAAGAAGAACAGGGUAAAGACACUACUAAGCAGCCGUAUGCCGGUUCCCCGUCUGGACGCCAGAACUGGCGCUUGGAUGAGCAGCUCAAACAGAACGGCAGCGUGACCUGGAGCGAUGAAGGUGAUGGAUGCAGAGGAAGAGAAAUCUCCCGAGACUUUGCCAAGCUCUAUGAACUGGAUAGUGACCCUGAACGGAAAGAGUUCCUGGAUGACCUCUUCAUCUUUAUGCAGAAGAGGGGAACUCCCAUCAAUCGGAUCCCCAUCAUGGCAAAGCAGAUCCUGGAUCUCUACAUGCUCUAUAAGCUGGUGACUGAGAAAGGAGGGCUGGUGGAAAUCAUCAACAAGAAGAUCUGGCGAGAGAUCACCAAAGGCCUUAAUUUGCCCACGUCCAUCACCAGCGCCGCCUUCACGCUUCGAACCCAGUACAUGAAGUACCUCUAUGCCUACGAAUGUGAGAAGAAAUCCCUCAGUUCUCCUGCUGAGCUUCAGGCUGCAAUCGAUGGCAACCGGCGGGAAGGCAGGCGGCCCAGCUACAGCUCCUCUCUGUUCAGCUACUCACCCACCACCACGGGGCCUCCUUCCCUCCUGUCUCCCCCUAAGAUCCGCUUCCCCAUCAUCGGCGUGGCGCCGGGCAGCGGGACCAGCAACCCUCGGGUGUCUCCAGCAGCGGCUGUCAGGAAAGGGGACGGCGUGCCCUUGACUGUGUCUAUGCCAAAUCGUAUUGCUGUGCCAGUGACCUUGGCUAGCCAGCAGGCAACUGUGGCAGCAAGAACAGCCACCCUGGAGCAGCUGAGGGAGAGGCUGGAGUCGGGAGAGCCUCCGGAGAAGAAGGUGUCCCGGAUGAGCGAGGAGGAGCAGCGGCUCGUGCAGCAGGCUCUUCAGCGCAACCUCUUCAGCGUGGCGCGGCAGAUCCCCAUGAAGAUCAAAAUCAAUGGCAAGGAAGACAAAGCAGACUCGGCGGCAGCAGCGGCGCUGAACUUGGCACCUAAUGGCAUUGGGAGCAUCAACAUGUCGGUGGAGAUCAACGGCACAACUUACGCUGGGGUGCUCUUUGCCCAGAAGCCCGUCGUCCACCUCAUUGCCGGCUCCAGCACCCAAAGCUCCUGCAGCAGCAGCAGCAGCUCCCACUGCUCUCCCAGCCCUACCUCAUCGCGGGGAACCCCCGGCGCAGAGCCCUCCACCAGCUGGUCUCUCUGAUGGAAGGGCCCAACCUGCUGUCUCUCACACUGGCCUCCAGCUUCCUCCCUGCUCUCCCCAGGGAGCGAGCCAGGAAGGAGUCGCACAGAUUUACCUCAUCUCAAGGAACCUGGUUUUGGGCUUGGCCAACGGCAAGAUGAUGAUGAUGAUGCUGCUGCUGCUGAAACCUUUCCAUGCCAGCAAGUUUUUCUUCAUCGUCUGUUUGUCCAGCCUUUAUUCUUUGUUCUCCCCUUUCUCUCCUCCCUUUUGCUUUUUGUUUUCUUCCUCCUCCUCCUCCUCCCAGGGUUUGCUGUGUUCCUGUUGGGGGGUGGGACAUGGAGGGGAGGGGGGGGGCAUGCCUGGCGUUUUCCAAUCAGGGAUCAUCUCUAGGAGCUGCGGGAUGGGUGAGAGAUGGCCUAGACAUCACCAGGGCAGGUGGAAAGAGCUGGAGAUGGGGCAGGGAAACUUGGUUCUCCUCGAACCAGCAGCCACCAGGACUCUUCCCACAAAACAACUCCACGUAUUGACAAUCCUGAGACCCCAUCCUCCCAUGGCUUGUGCUGCAGAAGGCUUUUGCCUCCUCACUUUUCCUCUUCAGGCUCUGCUGUGGUCUGAUGUUCAUAUGUUGAACACGUGCUUUUGGCUUAGGAGCCUCCUUUCCCUUCUCUAAGGCCUUGGCAAGAGGGGCAGGACCUCACUUUUGACCCAUAGACACAUUAAAAACCAUUCCAUCAGCAGCUUCAUCCUCCUGGCUGGUGCUGGCCUCAUCACUCCUGUUGCCUUCAGGCUUUCAGCCAAGUUUUAAAUGCCCUUCACCUUGUCUGUGUCUCCCCUUGAGGAACUCAUCCCACUGACAUUCACCCUGAACUGCUUGUGGCUUGGUGUUUUGAUCCUCUGCCCCCUUGACACCACCUUAGCUUGAUGGAGGCUUCCCAGGGUGACUUCCUUCUCAUGAGGUGUCUUUCAAUAGCCCCUGGAAGAAGCUCUCCACAUCUGGCCACCAAGACAACAGAGGGUGAUACAUAGAUGUAAUUCAGCAGGCCUGUGGGGUGUGUGCAGGUGUCGUGGUGAACAUCACACACAUCAUCUUGUUGAAGCCCAGUCCCCUUCAAAUUGCACAUGAGCAAAAAGAAAGCAGCUCAGGUGAGUUGAGACCUUUUGCUCUGCGGGGUGGAAGCAGAGGAAAGGAAAUCAAGCCCUUCCUUGCCCUUGUUCCCCUCAAACCUCCAGCUGACAGCAGGCAGAGGCUGGCCCUGGCUCUCCUUAAUGACUCCAUGAGCUCAGGUGGUCUCAUCCUGUCCCUCUUCUUCUUUGGCCUUUCCCCAGCCUGGAGAUGGGGUCCAAGCACGGUCCUGCCCUGGUGACGUCCUUCCCAUCCUCCAGACCCGAGUCAGGUUUUGUUGAGCAGAUGAAAUACCUCAGAUAUGUACUUGUUGUUGGGGGUUUUUGUUUGUUUGUUUUGGGGUUGGUUGGUUUUUAACCUCUUCAGGAAGUAUUGGCAUAUCUUAUCGCUUGUUUUUUAUAUGUGGUUUUGCUGACGUUGUGUUUUAUUGUUUAUUUUUAACUCUUAUCACCAAAGACAAAGUUUGGCAAACAAAAAGGCUGAGCAAAGGAGCAGUGGCUUCCCCAGCCCUCAGCCAGCGGGGGACAAGGUGAGCAGCAUUGCCCCAGGACACGUGCAUGGCACAGGAGGACAGGUAGAAGAAGCAGGCAGGAGCAACCCCUUACUUAAAGGAGCUGCCCUUCAUGUUGGACACGAGGGUGUCUCCAAGCUCCAGCAUCUGUGCUUGCCAUUAGCAGAGAUGCUCAGGGCAGCUUGGAGGUGCCAGCUCUGCUUUAGCUGAUGCAUUAAGUGACACAGACACGGUUUCUGGCCCCUGGAAGCACAGCUCAGUCUUGCAGUGCUGCAGCCAACCACCACUUUAUCCCACAUAGACCUACUUGUGUCUGCACCACAAGACUAAGCCACGCUGGGGAGAAGCCCUGUGCUCCCAGGCUGUCCUGCUCCCAGAAGCUCUUUGUUUUAUACUACUGAAAAGCCACGGCUUUACAAAGCACAGAGCCAGAUACCACCCCAGGAAAGGCCCUGUCAGCGGCAGGAGGAUUGGGCUUAAAAAUAUACAUAGAUAUAAAUGAAUAAUCCUUCAAACUCUCAAAUGCCAGCUUCUCCUUUGUAAUCCCCCAGCACUCCUUGGCUGUGCUGCUGCUGCUCUGGCCUCGAGUGCUCGUGCUAAGGCUUGUGUAAGCCAUGGGCAGCACCUCCUAGUUGCAAGAGGCUCUUACAUGCUCUAGGUGGUUAGUUGAGAUACUAGGGGUUGAUUUAUCCAGCUGCCUGCCAUCCCGUGGGCUUGAGGGGAGGAGGAAGAGGAGGAUGCACGUGUCCUGAGAGAGAUGCUGCUCCCAAAUAUCCCAAUUCUCAGCUGGGCACGGGGAGGCCAAGCUGCUCGCGGGCUGUGGGGCAGUCGCUUGGCAGAUCCCACAGGCUCCCACCACGUUUCCUCCUCGGGGAGGAUUUUCCAGCCUCUGGGGCUCAUUCAGAUUGUUGGGUUUUUCCCUUUUUUAUUUGGUUUUGGUUUUUAUUUGGGGGUGGGGUUUCCUCUGAGUGGGACCGGGGCACUUUUUGCUUUUCCUUAUGCUUUCUUCUCUGGUCCUGGGGAGCAGAGGUUUAGUAAUGGGUGGUUUUGCUUAUGUAUCACAUGCUAACAUUGUGUGUUCUUGCACAGAAAGGCACUCGAAUCACUGAACUGCUCAAACAGCUUUGACACUACUAGAGUAUUAAUGUUUAUAAGCUUUACACAACUAGACUGGAACUAGACAGGGACUAACAGAUUGUUUUGUAUCCAAUUCAGGGAAAGAAGCAAGUCGGGAUGCGUAACAGAUACCUCAGUAAAAAAUAAGCUGCGACAAUAAACUGGUCCUUCCUCAGCACACGGUGAGGAGGACGGACCACUCAGACUGUGAAGAGUAACCCUUCCCCUAAGCCCGGCUUUGACACUGGCUUAACCCUUGUUUUGCUGAGCUCCAGAUCUACUGAGGUGCUGGGCUUUGGGGCCAGGGUUACGGAACCCAGCAGCAGGGAUGGGGCAGAGGAGCUAGGGAAUGCUGAGUGAGGAUGGGGGAUCCCUCCUUGCCCCAGCUCCCCUUCAUUUCACUCGCCCGUGUUCGAUUGUAGAGUUCUCAGGGUUUUGAUACUGCAGGUAGGACUGUUCCUCGGGUGAAGUGUGUGGCUGAAGGCUCUCCUCAACUCCAGACCAGCCACGGUUUUGCAGUGAGCAGCCAAAAAUCAUACACCAAAACUCAGAAAGCCCCCACCUUGCUUCCACGCAGCCUUCGAUGCUCCUGCUGCGGGGGGGGAGAGUCACCAGUUGGGUUCAAUGUCCAACACAAAAACCACAGAACCAAACCUGCUUCUCCUCCUCUGGCAGAUCCCAGUGUCAGGUUGAGCUGGGAAAGGGGGAAGAGGCGCGAGGGGGAGGCUGCUCUGCUCCCAAAGUGAAUGUGAACGCCCUCACGCCUGUGUGCGUGCUCCAUAGGGAUUCACAUCGGAACACCAGUUCUCCAAGCAGCUGCAGCAGCCUUGCUACUAGUUUUCUUACCUAUUUAAAAAGAAAAGAAGAUAACUAAAUAAAGAUGUGAUAGCCUAGGCGGUGGAUAAAUACCUCAACGUCUCCUUCCAACAAGUGUCUGUAUAUGUUGUUGUUGGGUUUUUUCUAUCUUACAGGUUAUCUGAAUGUUUAUAUUCCAAUAAACUUCUACCUCUUCA